CAAAUUUUUGUCAUUUUAUGUAAAUUGAUGGGAAAGAUGAUGAUGAUUACGAAGAAGAAGAAGAAGAAGAAGAAGAAGAAGAAGAAAACAUUACCAAUACAAGUUAACUGUACAAAUUUGAAAGUAGAGUUUCAUUUGAAUGAAUGAGAAAACAAGUGUACAACUUUGCAUUGAAAAAAACAUUAAUGUUACGGAAAUUGUAGCUUUAACAACGAGAAAAAACAACAACAAAGUUGUGUUUGAAUUGCUUAACCAUGCAACAAUUUUAAACAAGUGUGAAUCCCAUAUUCACCAGCUCAAUGACACAAUAACGAUUGUGUUUAAGGUGUGAUUACUUAUUUGAUAUGCUGUGUGGUCAGGUAUUUUAAGUGCACUAUUGUAUUCGUUUUUAGUCAUUGAGUUAAGAAAAUAAACUAAUUUACUUCCUAACUAAGUCUUCUGAUUGACUACUGGGGUUACAAUGAGUUUGAUGACAAAAUAAGUGUGUUAAAGCCUUGAUUAUAGUUGAUUGGCCGAUGUGUAUACUCGUAAAAUAGAUCAUCGGUCCUAUUGGCGAUAUAACACGUGAUGUAGAUCAGUCAGUAACAACGUAGAAUUUCGUACGUACGUACAUCAGUUCGAGUUGGCACACCACAUUAGCACACAGAUGCACUUGUCGAUUCAAAUCUCAUAGUGGUAGAGGUGGUGAGAGUAUAAGCAGUAAUCCGAAAGAUUAGGGUUUGAAGAUGUUAUUCAAGGAGUAUAAUACAGUGAAAUAAAUGUGGAAAGAGAAAAAACGGACACGAAGAAUUCAGAAGAUUAGAAUUUGGGAGAACAGCAAGAGUGGAUGCACCUGCGCCAUCGCAAACGAUUUUAAGCCAUGUUAUUUAAGGUUUCUAACCGUCGGUUGUUAUCAUCUCGCGGGCCCCAUCCAGGUAGUCUACACCUACCAACAUGACUCAGUUCACUUGUCAGUGACUUCAUGCACUUGCGCCAUGUUUUGGUCUGGCCGCCCCUAACUUUCUUCCAACCUACUUCUACAUCAUAAAACAUCGCACGUCAGGGCAGUCGGUGGUUGGGCAUACGUAGCACGGGUCCCAGCCAUCUCAACUGAUGAAGUUUUACUACGUCAUCAAUCGAUUUGCCAUCCUUACCUAGUACCCGUUUCCUAACAACUGCAUUACUUACUCGAUGGUCCCACGAUAUACGAGCAAUGUUUCGAAGACACCUAUGAUCGAAUACUAGUAACCAACGAAUAUCCUCAACUCUUACCGGCGAUGUUUCACUGCCAUAAACUAGGACGGAAAGAACUGCUGCGCAGUAAACACGUCCUUUGGUUGAUAGACGGAUAUCUCGCCUACGCCAUAAAUGACGCAAGUUGGCAAAAGCUAGUCGAGCCUUCUGUAUCCGUCCUGAGAUUUCGUCACACACCAAACCACAAGGGCUGAUGAGACUUCCAAGAUAAGUGAAGCGACCGACAGGCCCAACUUCUUUACUCCCUAUCAUUAGUUCAAGUGUCAACCCAACCCAAUCCUGAAGCAACAUUUUGCAUUUCGAAGGAGAGAAUCGCAUCCCGAACAUGCUUGCAUUGUUGCUUAGAGUGGUCAGAAGACUGCAUUUUGUCAGCGUCUUCACCAAAUAAAACGAUGUCAUCGGCAUAUUCCAAGUCAACAAGUGAAUCUCCUGGUAGAAGUUCAACCCCUGGAAAUUUAGAUGAGGAAAGUGUCAUUUCUAAAGGCACCUCAACGACAAAUCCAAACAAGAAUGGACAGCUUUGACGAACACCACUUGAGGUAAUCAAUUCUGAUGACAAUUCGCCAUAAACUCUCACUCUACCAGUUGUGUUCGAGUAGAGAGCCCUUAUAAGGUUAAUGUACUUCUUUGGUACUCCUUUCGGUGACAAACUGCCACAAAACCUCACGAUCAACAGAGUCAAAUGCCCCAUUAAGGUCGAGAAAUACUACGAUUGUGGGGCGUCUGAAUGUGUGUCUAUGUUCUAGGACUUGACGUAGUGUGAAUAUCUGGUCUAUAUAACCACGUCCAGGUCGAAAACCGGCCUGGUUUUCUCUAAUCUGCUCUUCACGAGCUUUAGUUAGACGUCGAAGAAUUAUUGAAGCUAAUAUUUUAGACACUAUAUUAGUCAAACUGAUUCCUCUGUGAUUGUCACAAGAGGAUUGUUGUCCGUUCUUAUAGACUGGCACAAUCAGUGAUUGAGACCAGUCAGAUGGGAUUACGUCCAGUUCCCAAAUUCUACCUAAGACCUCAGUUAAUCUCACUGCUAAUACUGGACCACCAUCCUUAAAAAUCUCAGGAGUAAACCUGUCAGGGCCUGCUGCUCUCCCUCGUUUCAGAUUUCCUAUGGCUUUUUCAACUUCGUAAAGAGUCGGAGGACCUACACUAACUUGCCAUUCAGGUUGACUGGAGAUCGUGGGAAACCGAAGUGUGGCUGAAGUCCAGUUGAACUGAUCCCUAAAGUGUUCUGCCCAUCGAUCCAAUCUCCUGGAUUGAGAAUGUAUAAUAUGUCCAUCUUUCUCUGAGAGUGUUUCGCUAACAGUCGGUUUCCUAAUACCGGCUUCCUUAACAAGUCUGAACAGCUGUCUACCAUUACCUAUUGCCGCUGCCUUUUCCAUCUCUCUUGCUUUCGCUACCCACCACUGUUCGCGAUCAUUGCGUAGACUUCUUUUCAGCUUGUGCUUAAGCUGACUCCGCUCUUCAUUAUGUUCAGAGCCAGGUGGGAUGAGUUUCCGAGCAUCUAUCAGUGCGAUAGAUGCUGCUGAGAUCCAGUGUUGCUCCCUAACCUUACGGGUUACCGUACUAGCAGAUAUCACUGCUGUUUCCACAGCUUUUCGGAUAUCAUUCCAUGCUGCCUUGGGAUAGGAAUCACAUAUAUGGCUGCCUAACUGUUUUUCUAGUUAUUCCUGAAGUAUACUCUUAUUUCGACUAUCAUUAAGUAGUAUCUAAAGCCAUAAAAAUCACCAUUUUCAAAACAAAACAGUUAUAGUUAAAGUGCCCCCAAAUGUCCUGAUACGGCCGAGAGUGGGGAGUUCGCUCUCCCUCUCGAAAUACUCUCACAUGGCCACGCGUAUACAGCCUCUGCCAGGGAAGUCCUACUCACUACCUUCUCGUGGCAUUAAUGUUGUUUACGAAAAUCAAAGGACGAAAACCGAAUGUCUGGCGCUUAAACCGGAUUCCAAACCAAUGGUGCACAUGAGCUCCAGGAUCCUGAAGGAACAAAUGGCGUA